AUGGAUGUGAAAACACCUGGAGAGGUUCCAGCAACAGGAGCUUGGAGAGAUUUCACAAACUGGGACUUGUGUUCAUGGGAGAGGAAGAGAUCAGUGUCAAAACCGCUGGGACCUGGACACGGAUGCUGCGGACGGAGGACGCACCAGCGGCCAGUUCGGGGCGGCCAGAGUGCGGUGACUGCGGGGAGGUGGAGAAGCUGUACAUCUGCUCGGGCUGCGGCCUGGCGUUCACCUCGUCGUUGGAGCACCCGGGCCACAGCUGCGUGCCAUCAGGGGCUUACCCACAGGGGCAGCAGGAGCAGCACCGCCUCCCGCUGUACCCGCCGCCCGAGGAGGGAGGCGGAGCGGGUUCCGUGCCUGACCGGCCCUUCGCGUGCGGGGUCUGCGGCCUGGCGUUCGCCCAGCCCUCGGAGCAGGAGUCCCACGGCUGUGACCCGCCACCUCGGGCGCCCCUGCCACUUCGUCUACUCGUCCACGCUGGCCCCCCAGGCUUCCACCCCCGGGCCGCUGCCCCUGGGCAGGAGGCACGGCGGGCCGGGCCCGGGCAAGCUGUACCCGUGCCUGGCCUGCGGUAGGGUCUUUGGCCGCUCGUCGAACCUGGCCCGGCACAGGCGCAGCCACACGGGGGCCCAGCCUUACCAGUGCAGCGACUGCGGUAAGCGCUUCAACUACCCCUCGGAGCUGGAGACUCACCAGCGGGUCCACACGGGCGAGCGGCCCUUCACCUGCGCCGUCUGUGGGAAGGGCUUCACCCAGUCAUCCAACCUGCUGACCCACCAGCGGGUCCACACGGGCGAGCGGCCCUUCACCUGCUCGCUGUGCGGGAAGGGCUUCACCUGCUCGUCCAAGCUGCUGACCCACCACCGGGUGCACACCGACGAGAGGCCCUUCUGCUGCCCGGUCUGCGGCAAGCGCUUCAAGAGCUCCAAGGAGCUGAUGAUGCAUCAGCGCAUCCACACGGGCGAGCGGCCCUUCCGCUGCCAGCACUGCGAUAAACGCUUCACCCGCUCGUCCGACAUGCUGACCCACCAGCGGGUGCACACCGACCGCCGGCCCUUCUGCUGCCCGGCCUGCGGCAAGCGCUUCAAGAGCUCCAAGGAGCUGAUGCAGCACGAGAGGGUGCACACCGACGAGAGGCCCUUCCUGUGUGGCCUGUGCCCCAAGCGCUUCAUGUACUCGUCCAACCUGCUGCGGCACCAGCGUAUCCACCUGGAGAGGGCUGAGCCCCAGCCGCUGCCCACUCCUCCAACACAGCCCGCUGGCGCCCCAGCCCCCCGCUCCCCGCCACACCUCGAGGCACUGCUGCGGCCCAACUGCUGAGGGUGCACUGGGGUGGGGGCACACACACAGAGAGAGAGAGGACCUGAGGAGUAGGAUGGACGACAAGAGACAGACAGAGAGAGAGCACGUGCCAUGAUAUGGAACCACACGUGAAUUUAUCCAGUCAUUAUUAUCAUGUUGCAGUUUGUGAGACUGUUGUGUGAAUGAGACACUGCCCUGUCCAGUCGUCAGCAGUAGGGAUGGAAUUCAAAGGGUUACUUCAGUUUGGACUGUGACACGCUGCCGAUGCGCACUGAACUGGCAAAUGGUGCUAGGCGAAUGAAUAUCCCCCACGCCCCCCUCUUUGGUAUAUAUUUAUUGUACAGUGACAAUCCCCUCUUUUCCCCAUGUAUGUACUGACGUUAAUGCAAUAAACUGUGAA